CGUCUCUCAUCUUUGAUCCAUUGAUUGCUUAGCGGUUAAUGCAUUUAACUUAUAAGGAUAUUCGAAUAUUUUAAAACUUCUUUAUUUGAUCGUUGAACCAUUCGACGCCUGUUUCCCCGCGCCGUAACUCCUCGCAGCCCGACGAAACCACUCCGAUCCUUGAAUACACCACGGUCGUACAUACAAAAUGGCAGAGGAUGCUAUCCCCCAACCCGCUUCAGAAGCGGAGCGGGUGGAAUCCCUCAUCUCAGGACGCGCAAAACGAAGCACCGCAGGCCGACACAUGUCCGCCCUUCUCAACGCCGAAGCCGACGAUGAACUAGCCCUUCUAUUCGAAGAAGUCGAAGACGACAAUGAAUUCUACGACGCAGACCCCGACGCUGGCGAAGAUGACGAUGUACUCGAAUCCUCCUCCGAUGACGAAGACCAGGGACCCAACGCCCAAGACGAGGAUUUCGAGGGAGAGAACGAGCUACAAAAUCAGGCCAAGGCGGAGAAGAAGCGAAAGAAAAAGCAGGAGACUAUAAAUUUGCAGACGCUGCGGAAAAGAGUCAAGAUUGAUCCUGCUGCUGUGCAGUCAGAUACGGAGCCUGCUCCUCGGCCGAAGAAGAAGUCGGAGCGGAUUUCGUGGAUUCCUACGGAUGAGGAUGGGCCUACACGGUCAUCGUCGCGUCGUCAGACGAUGCAGAAUAAGGAGGUGACUCAUGCGCGGUUGAAGGAUAGCGAGGAGAAGCGUGUUCGGUUGAUUGCUACGAUGGAGGAGGCGGCUAAGAGGAAGGCACGAUUCAAGCCCAAGGGGAUGACACAAGCUGAGCGGUUGGCUGAAGCAGAGCGCGUGGAAAAGCAGAACAGCAAGAGUUUGAAUCGAUGGGAGGAGAUGGAGAAGAGAAAGACGGAGGAAAGACUUGCGAAGAUUGAAGCCCUCCAGAACCGACGUCUUGAAGGGCCUGUUAUGUCUUACUGGAGUGGUUUGGCUACGUGGGUUAAUGGUCGCUUGACGCGCGUUGGAAAGGUGGACAUUGCGCAAAAGCAAAAACAGGAUAGAGAAGAGAAAGCGAAGAAGAGCAAGAAGGCCGUUGAAAGGGAUGAUAAGAGCGGCAGUGGGAAGAAGUCUUCGCCAAUGACAGCAGUUGGAAUUUCCACGCCGGGGCUUGCUCCUGUCCCUGCUUCUGAAAAUGCGCAGGGGACGGUAUUUGGCGAGGGUGAUGCUUUGAAGCAAGACCAGGCCCCACCAAAUCAGCAAGGUGACCCUAGCACGAGUCAAGCUCAAACUCAGACUCAGACUCAGACACAUGCAGACGGCCAGACCAACGGAGAGAGUGGCGAUAAGACUCAGGAACAGUCGGCACCGGCAGUUACGGAGGAGCCUACAGAUACUCCCACCGCUCAACCACCUACAGGGGAAACCAACAAUACUCCAGAUAACGAUACAUCGGCCAAUGGAGCUUCGGAUCAGAAUCCAGUAGUGGGCACAGAACCACCACCUACGGAAGAGAUCCGUAAAGGAUCAACUGAUAAUGCAGACGAAGCACCUAAAGGAGACCCAAUGGAUAUCGACCAGAAACCAGAAGAGCCGGCGAAGGAACCCGGUCCGGAAAUAACACAACCGCCAGAAGAAGCAUCGAAGGCUGCGCCUGCGGGGCAAGUGGAGGAGAUCAAGCUAGAUGCUACCCCUCAAGAGGCAUCACCACCUGCACCAGCUCAGGCAACAGCUCAGAUAGGGACUUCUGCACCGGCGGUUGCUGCAGCACCGGCCGAAGACGUGCCCAUGCCAACACCACAGGAACAACUGGCUCCUGAAAUCCACAUGGAUCAACAACAGCCCGUGGCAACAGAUGAGGGGGGACCAGGGUUGGGGAUUCCCCCGCCACCGCCGAUGAUAGAGCAGACGGGAAGGGCCCUUACAGUUCUGGAGAACUUCGACGAUAAGACGGCACACAGCCGGGAGUUUAAUAUCUAUUUUAAUGCGAAGAAGCCGCCUAGACUUGCCAAAAUCUCGUCGUCACUGUGCGUGAUUACGUCUCUGCCAUCACGGUAUCGCGAUCCGGAGACCUCGCUCCCCUUUUCCAAUGCAUAUGCACACAAGGAGAUCCGCAACACGGUCGACCAACAGUAUGCCUGGAGUCCGAUGCUGGGUUGCUAUGUUGGACCGGCGGGGGUAGCAGCGCGGGGCGUCCCGGAGCGAUUUUUGGGAUCAUCUCAGACCGAUGUUGAGGGGCAGUCGAAUUAAGAGGACCGUGCUGUAGCCGGGUUGUUCUACUGGUUGUCUGCAGGAAUGUCGAUAACCUGAUAACCUUGGAAGAAAUAUACGGUGUACGAUAUGGAAGAUAGUUUGUAGUUUAGAUACCCAAUUUUUUGUGUUUUCGGCCAUGUGUUAUGCAUAGCAAACGCCAUUUACCUUGGAGGAUAUGCAGGUGAAAAGAAUUCCUCAAUGAUUAUGCAGAUUGACCUAAUCCCUG